AUGCGCGAUAGGAGCGAUAGCGAUUCCGAGAGGGACGAAGAUUUCAGGAGGAGGCGCGGCCGUAAAGAGCGGAACGACAGCCCCGCUUCUAUCGAUGGUGACUCUAGCGGGAGUGACGAGGACGCGCGGGAUGUAGGCCGCGGAAAGGGGAAAGCGCGGAACGCGCGGGGCGCUAGGGGAGAUGGGCGGGCGGAUGAGCGGAAGGGCCGCGGAGGUCCUAAGAGUCCGCCAGAGGACGACGGUGUGGGGAAUCAGGGAAGGGGAGGCGGAGAUUGGGGGCCGGGAGUUGCGCGCCGCAGGGGGAGGCAUGAUUCGGACUAUGAGAGCGACGAGGAGAGGGGCGGUAGCGAUGGCGCAAGAGGGGGCGGAAGGGGCAGCGGAAGGGGCGGAAAGUUGAAGACUCGGGAGGAUUUUGAGGGGGAAGAGGAGGAGCGUGCGGAAGCGAAGAAGAGUGAAGGGGCACGUAGGGGCGAGAGGGAGCGUAAGGUGGACGAGGAGGAGGAGGGGGGUGAGCGGUGGGAGAUGGGCGGGGGUAGGGAGGGGGCGUGGGUUGGGCGGAAGGAGGAGCGCGGGGGGGAGGGGAGGCAUGGGGGUCGCGCGGCAAGUGGGGAGCGGGAGGAGCGCGAUAUGGGCGAGGGGAGACCGGGGAGAGGUAAGAUGAGGGCGAGGGAUGGCCUUGGGGAAGAAAUGCGAGAUCGCGAUGGAGAGAGGGGCACGGAGAGCCACAGGGGAAGGGAGGGCGAGAGGGGACGAGACGUGGAUGGGAGGCGACGGGAGAGGGAGGGGGAUGGCGGCAGGGAUGGGCGAAGGGAUGGCGAGAGGGAGAGGGAGAGGGAUAGAGAGCGAGACGGCAGGAGGGAGAGAGGCAGGUCAGGGCGGCACAGGCGGGGAGGGUCUGAUUCGGAUGGGAGUGAGAGCAGCGGCGAGUGGGAGAGGGAGCGAGAGAGGGAGAGGGGGAGGGGGAGGGAGGAUAGGCACAGGAGGCAUGAGGAAGGGAGGCGAGAGGAGGGGCGGCGAGAGAGGGGGAGGGGCGAGUGGGAGGGAGAGGAGAGGCGAAGCGAAGGCAUGGAGGGCCGGGGGGCUCUCGUGCGCGCACCCAAUGCUGAUGCUGCCGCCAGUCCUGCCCCCGCCGCUGCUGGCGGAGCAGCAGGCCCAGGCGCAGGUCCGGCUGCAGGCAAGGCAGCAGCAGCGCGGGACACAGGGCGCACGGGAGGCGCGUACAUCCCGCCGUUCAAGCUGGCGCGCAUGCUGCUGGAGGUGAACGACCGCAGCAGCGCGGAGUACCAGCGCCUCACGUGGGACGCGCUACGCAAGUCCAUCAACGGGCUGGUCAACAAAGUCAACGCCAGCAACAUCAAGAACAUCAUCCCCGAGCUCUUUGGGGAGAACCUGGUGCGCGGCAGGGGGCUGCUGUGCCGCGCGUGCAUCAAGUCGCAGAUGGCCAGCCCCACGUUCACGCACGUGUUUGCGGCGCUGGUUGCGGUGGUGAACACAAAGUUUCCCGAGCUGGGGGAGCUGCUGCUGAAGAGGAUCAUUCUGCAGUUUCGAAGGGCGUUUCGGCGCAACGAUAAGAUGGCCAGUCUGAUUUUCACGCACGUGUUUGCGGCGCUAGUGGUGGCGGUGGUGAAUACCAAGUUUCCCAAGUUAGGGGAGCUGCUGCUGAAGAGGAUCAUUCUGCAGUUUCGCAGGGCGUUCAGACGCAACGACCAGGCGCUCGUGGCGCUCGUGGAGCUCGUGGCACUCGUGGCGCUGGUGGCACUCGUGACGCUGGUGGCACUCGUGGCGCUGGUGGCACUCGUGGCGCUGAUUUCCUUCUGA